UUGGGCGCUCCUUCAGUCUGGAUGUUGAUGGCAGGACAAAGGGGUGCCUGGACCAUGGGCGACGUGGUAGAGAAGAGUUUGGAAGGGCCCCUUGCCCCUUCUGCAGAUGAGCCCUCCCGGGAAAGGGGAGACCUGGUAGAAAUUUUAAAUGGGGAUAAGGUAAAAUUUGACGACAAGGGACUCUCCUUAAUUCUUCAGAAUGGCCUGGAGACCCUCCGAGUGGAAAACGCUCUGACAGAUGUCAUCUUGUGUGUGGACAUUCAGGAAUUCUCCUGCCACCGCGUGGUGCUUGCCGCAGCCAGCAACUAUUUCAGGGCCAUGUUCUGCAAUGAUUUAAAGGAAAAGUACGAGAAGAGGAUCAUUAUCAAAGGGGUCGAUGCUGAGACCAUGCACACUCUGCUGAACUACACGUACACCAGCAAGGCGCUGAUCACCAAGCAGAAUGUCCAGAGGGUCCUGGAAGCUGCCAACCUUUUCCAGUUCCUGCGGAUGGUGGAUGCUUGCGCCAGCUUCCUCACAGAAGCCUUGAACCCAGAAAACUGCGUUGGAAUACUGAGACUGGCAGAUACACACUCCUUGGACAAUCUAAAGAAGCAGGUUCAAAGUUACAUCAUCCAAAACUUUGUGCAGAUUCUGAACUCUGAGGAGUUCCUUGAACUCCCUGUGGACACUCUGUACCACAUCUUGAAGAGUGAUGACCUCUACGUGACUGAUGAGGCUCAGGUGUUUGAAACUGUGAUGAGCUGGGUCCGGCACAAACAGUCAGAACGACUCUGCUUGCUGCCUCACAUCCUUGAAAAUGUGCGCCUACCUCUUUUGGACCCAUGGUACUUCGUGGACAUGGUCGAGGCAGAUCCUCUCAUCAGGCAGUGCCCUGAGGUCUUCCCGCUGCUCCAGGAAGCCAGGAUGUACCACCUUUCUGGCAAUGAGAUCAUUUCGGAGCGCACCAAGCCCAGGAUGCAUGAGUUCCAGUCUGAGGUGUUCAUGAUCAUUGGCGGCUGCACGAAGGAUGAACGGUUUGUGGCGGAGGUAACCUGCCUGGAUCCCCUGAGGCGCAGCCGCCUGGAGGUGGCCAAGCUCCCACUGACUGAGCAUGAGCUGGAGAGUGAGAAUAAGAAGUGGGUGGAGUUUGCAUGCGUGACAUUAAAAAAUGAGGUCUACAUCUCAGGUGGCAAAGAAACACAGCACGAUGUUUGGAAAUACAAUUCCUCGAUCAACAAAUGGAUUCAAAUUGAGUAUCUAAACAUAGGCCGCUGGAGGCAUAAGAUGGUGGUGCUGGGCGGGAAGGUCUAUGUGAUCGGAGGAUUUGACGGCCUGCAGCGGAUCAACAACGUGGAGACCUACGACCCCUUCCACAACUGCUGGUCAGAGGCUGCGCCCCUCCUUGUCCACGUCAGCUCCUUUGCAGCCACCAGCCACAAGAAGAAGCUCUAUGUGAUUGGGGGAGGACCUAAUGGGAAACUGGCCACAGACAAGACUCAGUGUUAUGACCCUUCAACCAAUAAGUGGAAUUUAAAGUCGCCCAUGCCGGUGGAGGCUAAAUGCAUCAAUGCAGUGAGUUUCCGCGACCGCAUCUAUGUUGUCGGUGGGGCAAUGCGAGCCCUGUAUGCCUACUGCCCUUUGGAAGACAGCUGGUGCCUGGUGACCCAGCUCAGCCACGAGAGGGCCAGCUGUGGGAUCGCACCUUGCAACAACCGGCUCUACAUUACCGGGGGCCGGGAUGAGAAGAACGAGGUCAUUGCCACAGUGUUGUGCUGGGACCCAGAAGCCCAGAAACUGACAGAAGAGUGUGUCCUGCCCCGAGGAGUGUCACACCACGGCAGUGUCACCAUCAGGAAGUCCUACACCCAUAUUCGGAGGAUUGUGCCCGGGGCAGUUUCUGUCUGACAGCUGGAGGGGGGAUGAGGGUGAGAACACCCCAAUGGAUCUAGAGGGUGCAGCUGGGGCUCACCCUUAUCACCUGACCCCCUUCACCCCAGCACCAUGUUCAGCCCCACCUCAUACAGCAGGUGUGGUUUGAGUUUUAGACCAUACAUCAGGGGCUCACCAUGGCUCACCUUGGGGUCACCUUGGAAGUCACAGCAUUGGUGACCCUUGAUACCAGCCAUGACCUACCUCAGGAGGGAAAGAGGAAAUAAGAAUAUUUAAUGUUCAGGACACCUACCCCUUGCCAGAUUCUAUGCCAGGCACUUUUGUAUAUAAUUUAUUUAAUCGUCAUUAAUGGCCUGGAGACUCCUGUUUCACAGGUGAGGUUAAGUGAUCAUCCAGAGAGCAAGUAAGUAAGCCAGGGUUCUAAAGCCCAGGUCUUUUCAUUUCAAAGUCAGUCAAUGCUCUUUCCAACAUGCUGACUAUCUCAGAGCAGAAAAAGAAUCUGGCUCAUUUUUUUUUUGUUGUUGUUCUGACAAGUCUGCUAAAGGAUAUACUCAGCAAGGCUGGGUAAUAAAAGUGUGUGAGUAUUUGUUAAUUUAAAUUUCCUGUAUUUAGACCACAUGGACUCCUUGUGCUGGAGUCUUGGGCUCCUUGUCAACAGUCCAAUAGGUUCUUCCAUUUUGCCAGGUUGGGGAGAUGGCCUGUUUGAUUUGAAAGAGAUUGAAGACUCGUGUUCUACCCCACACCUCCCACCCUGCAUCAAAAGUCAUUUUUUAUCACAGGAUGACCCAUUUUGGUCUAGAACUGUCAUUGCCAGACAGAGUUUUGCAUAGUCUAGCCUCUUAAGGUCCAACAGUUUUAUUGCAAUGUUGAAGAGAAGCUUCCAGAGACUCAAACUUCCAGAAACUCAAACAUUUUUAAAAAUGUAAGCAUCUUAACACCAUUAGCCGCUGCAGGAAUGAGACUCUUCUUGACGUACACUUUCUACCUUUAGACAGUGAUUUGGGUCCAUCCCACUGGAACCUCCCUCCUGGAGCCUUAGUUUUCAGAAUCCUUUGAGGCUCUUCUACUUGGUGUUUGGAUCAGGCUGGCUUAAUUUUGACUCAAAGAACAGAGUCCGUCCUUCACUCUGAGACAGAGCUUUCAAACGAGCUCACUGGAAAUUCAUUCUAAUCCCAAAGUUGGAGAAGCAGGUUAAGAGAUCCUGUUUCAUAUGCUGUAUUUAAAAAGCGACAAUGCUAGCAACAUAGUGACUGUGCUACCCAACGUGCUUUAUUUUCAUCGUAUGAUUUCAGAUCUCUUUAUAGAGUGAUUUUGCGUCAGAUGUGGCAUGCUAUACUCAUACUUCUUGGCAGUUUGGGAAGUUAGAGGUAUUGGAGUUGAUAAUGAAUUUAAUUCUCUCCAUGAGAAGAUGCUGAUGUUCAAAGCACGUAAAAAACUUGGAAAAUCACAAGUGAAGUUUCUGUUUAUACUUAGAUUGCUGAGGAUAAAUGCAAAUCAUUUAGUGUGAGAAACGCCUGUGCCUUAGGUAAGGUGUGGCAGUUCAGCUCCCUGCCAUGAAAAGUAAGAAGUGGAAAUUUACUCGCAGGCACUGAUAACCUUAACGAGUCAACUGAAACAAUUUUAUCUACUACAAUUCAGCAAACAUACAUAGAAUUCUUUACAGUUUUCAAAUCUUGGGGACACCAAUGAAUAAGGCAAAUUCCCACUUUAAAGACACUCAUAAACAGGAAGAAAGGGCAUCAAUCAAUUAUCUAAAUUUUUCUUUUCUUCAAGUUAACUAAAAAUGAGAUGUAUAUGAAGUUAUGAGGCUCUAUUCAAGUCUUUGUUGUCCUUGAAAGUGGUCUCUGUGGGAAACUAGGUACUAGGUCUAGAUAUGACAACUUCUUACACGUUUGUCUCUUCUGAGAUCACUCUCAGAAACCAUUUAUGAGCUACAGGAAAAAUCUUCUUACUUCAGAAACAAUUUCAAGGAAAAACUUCCAAAAAGGAAAUCCAAUGACAACAUCAUUGGCCUACACGGAGAGCCUCCCCUCAAACAGAGAGAACUACCUGUCAUGGAGAUAGAUGCUGGUGAUCCUCGGCGAGAGGAGUCAGGGAACAUGGAGCCCAUUGGUGGGUCAACCCUAUGUUGGGAAAGUAGGAUUUAGGAUCUCCAUUUUAUAAACCUGAUUCCAAAUGGAGGGCCCCAGUUUCAGGGUGAAUACCUAAAUGAAUACAGCAGAAGGAUUCCAUUUGAUUUUUAUAUCACUAGAAAUGCAGGUGAGUUGUGAUUCAGUCUCAGGUACCUGGCUCUCAAGAAUUAGGAAUUCUUAAUAAUGGCAUGAGUUAAGGAUCAGAUACAUCUAUUAAGAUCUAGAGUUCUGAUGAAGCUGCCAGUCUGUAACUUUUAGGAAAAGGAAAUUUCAAGUCAUUUGGGAGAUGUUUUAUAUGCACAGACAAAAGAAUUCUAGCUCUGAGACCCUAUCCAGGGAUAGGGGCUCUUAAGAUCUAAUUUCCAUCCCAAGAGAAAGACCAGUUUACAGCACCACCAGCAGGGGAGGAGGCAGGUGGGAAUGACUCAGAAACAAAUGACCCCAGGACUCAGGCAGACAGACAUCGUGGGUGGGACGUGCUGGGACGUCUUGGCAUGGCAGACUGGAUAUUGAGGCAAGUCCUGGUAGUGGACCGAGAGCCUCUGACUGGAAGGAUGGGGAUGGAGGUGGGAGGAGGCUAAUCCACAAAGUUCAAAGGACACACACUUAGAAAAUGAUACGAGGGGCCUUGAGUUGGGGAGCAGGACUCUAGUGUCAAGGAGGGUGAGGGAAGGAUAGGAAUGGGAGCCCUAGGCAAGGAAACAAGGAGGGAGCCUGCUUCUCAGAAGUGAGGCAAAGUUAGGGCAGGACUGAUUUCCUGCGGGGCCCCCGAGCUGCUUGGUGGGCUCCUAUCUUACAGGACCUGGAGAGAAUGAGGCCCCAAGUCUUUGAGGAGGUGGAAUCUGUAGGUGAGUGUAAGGGACCCUAGUUGUCAAGGUUGGUCAGAAAGAAGCAAGGAGCUAAGCGCACCAGAACACCAGCAGAUAAAUGUUCUCUUUGUAGCUUUCAUCACAUUCUGGUCUCAGUGAUACUCAGAGGAGUAUACACAUACACAUACAGUGCUCUUGAACUCAAAAAGCAAUUUAUGCUCACAGGGACAUGCAUAGCUUUGCUUUUUAUGAAAGUCCUUGAGGUACUAUUACGUACUUAUCCUGCUUGACUUUGUAAAAGAAAAAAGUACUUCUCAAAAGAGUUUUUUGAGUGGGUAAACACCACUAGAAUUUCUUAUAUAAAGUCUUAACUUGGGGUUACAAAACUUUUUUCUCUACUACCUGAUCUGGGGUUGCCUAUGUCUCAUGAUUUGAAGAGUCAGCCUUCAUGGAAAUCCACAAAUAUCUCAAACAUGGGUACUGAAAAACCAGUUUUGACAGAUGGGAUUUUCAUAUUUAUAGAUACAAAUUGGCAGCAUUUGGUUAACCAAAUCCUUCAAGCAUUUUGGUUACAUGAAACUGUCUUGUAUUUUUUUAAAAGUGAACAAGCUAAGAAUAUUGUUUAUAGGUAAAAUCUAUGAAUAAAUUUUUUAUUUAUUCAAUAAAAUAUGUAUGGAUUAGAUA